AUGAACUCUGAGGCGGCGAAGAUGAUCGAGGCGCGGCAGGAGGAGGUGCAGCGGCUUGGCGGGCUGGCGGCCUAUCGACUGCAGGCGCUGCAAAACUUGAAGCUGAAGACGGUGAUCAAGGAGAGCCACGCAUCGCCGGUGCAUGCGCUGGCGGUCAACCACACCGACACGUCCAUGGGCAACCUGUUUGCCACUGUGGGCAAGGACCAGGCGACCGUGUAUGAUGGGGAGCACAUGGGGGACCACGUGGCGGUGGUGGUGCACUUCACAAAUGCCCCCUCGGAGCACGCGCCCGGCGGGGAGCUGCAGGCCGCCGCCUGGCUGAGCGCGGCCGGGUGGAGCGAGCACCCUGCCGUCAUCAGCGUGGUGGAGGCGCGGGUGGUGCGUCUGCUGCGGGGGCACGCCCGCGAGGUGGUGGAGCUGGCAGCCGUUCCGGCGGCGCCACGCCUGCUGCUCUCGCUGUCACGUGAUGGUAACCUGCGCCUCUGGGACGUGCCGUCUGAGACCUGCCUGUCCAGCCUGCAGACCGAUGCCAGCUGCGUUGCCAUGGCGCCUGAUGCCGCCAGCGUAGUGAUGGGCAACAGCAAGGGGCGGCUGCAACAGUUUGACAUUGUAGCAGCGGCAGCAGGCAGCGAGGCAGCCAACACAGGCGGGCAGCAGCCAAUCAUCGACGAGGGCAGCCGGCAGGAGCUGCGUUGCCAGGGCAGCUGCCACAGCGACACAAUAGACUGCAUGCGCUUCCUGCCAGGCGGACGGCUUGCCACCAAGUCAUGUGACGGCCGCAUGUUUGUGUGGCGGCUCUCCACUGGCAGCAGUAGCAGCGAUCCAAGCAGCGGUAGCGGCCAAAGCAGCGUCCCACAGCUGGAGGUGGCAGCCACUUGGAAAGUGCCCAACUGCAACGGGGGAAGUGGCUGGCAGAGCCGCUGCCAGUUUGGCAGCACGGCCGAUGGGCGAUACAUCACCGCGGGCAAUAGCAAAGGCGACUGCUAUGUGUUUGACUCGGAGAGCGGUGACCGAGUGGCACACGUCAGCUCCAUCCGUGUGUUGGCCCCGGUGCGGGCGUGCGGGCUUUCUGACGACUGCCGACACCUGCUCGCUGUGCUGGGCAAGGGAUUUAUCUUUAGGUUUGAGUACCUUGGGCCGCUGGCCCCACAGCACGACGCAUCAGUGGGCGGCAGCCACGAGCAGGAGGGCAAGGAGAACACCAACACGGAGCAGCAGUGA